AAUCCCAAUGCUCAACGACAAUGCUCUAUUCUCCCAUCAGCAUUUUCAUUCAAUUCGUUUAAUUAAGAGUAUUGUAACAACGUAUAAUUCUCUUUUAUACUAAACUAAUAUUAAAUUAUGUUGCCGUUGAGAAAACUAAUCUCGUUUAAACAACUGCGGUUUCAACGCUCACAAACACUACAAAGUAAUUAUUAUAGAUUUGCUAAACAACAAUGAACACGUACCUAAAUAUUAUUUACCUACUUAAUGGAUAUUAGAAUAUUACACAAUUUAGUACGUGUCCCACGCCAAUUUUUUAAUUUUUCGAGUGCGUAUGUUUAAUCUGUUUUAAGACAAUAAAUCGAAAUAAUAUGUUUUAAAUAAUAACCUACCUAUUGUUCUUUUCUUUGGAAGUUCUAUAAAAAAUAUAAUAGUUGUAAAACGUGGCAAUAGAUUUAUAGUAUUCUAAAAUUACAUAAAAUAUUGGAUUUUAUUGGGUACUUAUGAUUAUAAUUAGUGAUUGUUGGAAAGUAGAUAGGUACAUAAUGUUUACAAUUUAAAAAUAUUUCAAGACUUAUCUACCUUAAUUAAAUUUGUUGGUAUAAAUUGUCCAAUAGAAAAAAAAAAAAGACUCCAUUUAGUUAGUGGAGGGAAAAUAACAGUCUUCUUUUAACAAUUUCGCAAUAACUAAUUAUAGUCGUACAUACUUACCAAAUAAAUCCUUUAUGGCAUUUAUAAUAAGGAGAUUUUGUCACAUUGGAAAAUGAGCAUGGGUGUCCUUAAUAUUGUAUUUAGGAUAUAUAUUUUAUUAUACAUCUAAUGUAAACGUACUUUCAGUAUCUUUUUUGGGGAAAAAAAAGAAACCCAAGGACGAGGUAGAAUUGAGUGUACAAGAACGUUUUAGAUUAGUCACGAUGGAUGAUAUGCCUGUACCAAAAGGUGAUUGGAUAGAACAUAAUGCAAAAAGAAAUCAAAAAUACAAUGCAGUACUUGCGGUCGGUUUUAUUUCAUUGAUAGGAUCUAUUAUAAUUGUAAGUCUAAUGGAAAGCUCGGAAAUUUUGUUCCAUCAAAUAUUUCCAUUUUUUUUCUUUCUAAUUGGUAUUUAGCUCAAAUAGUACUUAAAUUAGUUAAACUGUUAAUAUUAGUUUUAGUUUUUUAAUAUAAAUAUUAGUUGACUGAUGUACACAUUUAUUUUCUUUAAACAAUAUUAUAUUAAAAAAACUAAAUUUUUUAUUAACAUCAUAUUGGAAUCAGUAUCUAUGUUAUUUUUCAGUUGAAGGACUCCAUGUUUUUCAACGCAUUUCCACCACCAUAUCCUUUCAAUCCAAUAGUUGAAGACGAUAAAUGUGAUUGUCAAUGUGAGUGUUAACAUUUUAAAAGUUUAUAACUUUUAAAUGGUAAAAGCAAUAUUUAAACUAUAACUAAAAAAAACAUUGUAUUUCUGGUCAAGUUAUUCAUUAAAGUUAAUCAACUUAUAAUAUAUAUUUUUGUUCAAAUUAAUAUCUAAAUGACUAACACUAUUAAUUGUAAU